CGUCACCAAACUGCGACAUACAGAGAAACAAGCGCCACAUUUUUGUUACGGCAAAAUACUUGGCUUUUUCUGCAGUACGAGCUUAUAGGCAUAGUUUAACAAAUCUGGGGCGUACAUUAGGAUUAAUGCACUAUGAGUUUAUUUGGGACAAACACUGGGUUUGGAGCAGGAGGGACCGGUGUCUUCGGAAACGCAGCAACAGACAGCCAUAAUCCAAUGAAGGAUGUUGAAGUGACUUCACCUCCAGAUGACAGUAUCAGCUGUCUGGCUUUCAGUCCCCCCACCAUGCCAGGGAACUUUCUCAUCGGAGGGUCCUGGGCCAACGAUGUCCGGUGCUGGGAGGUGCAGGACAAUGGACAGACUGUCCCCAAAGCCCAACAAAUGCACACAGGUCCAGUGCUGGAUGCAUGCUGGAGUGAUGAUGGGAGUAAAGUCUUCACUGCUUCCUGUGACAAAACAGCCAAGAUGUGGGAUCUUAACAGCAAUCAAGCAAUGCAGAUCGCACAGCAUGACGGUCCAAUCAAAUCAAUCCACUGGAUAAAAGCCCCAAACUAUAGCUGUGUCAUGACUGGCAGCUGGGACAAAACACUGAAGUUCUGGGACACCCGCUCGCCGAAUCCCAUGAUGUCUCUGCAGAUGCCAGAAAGAUGCUACUGUGCAGAUGUUGUAUACCCCAUGGCGGUGGUUGCCACUGCUGAGAGAGGUCUGAUAGUUUACCAGCUGGAGAACCAGCCCUCUGAGUUUCGCAGAAUAGACUCUCCUCUCAAACAUCAGCACCGCUGUGUUGCCAUAUUCAAGGACAAGCAAAACAAGCCCACAGGCUUUGCACUGGGAAGCAUUGAGGGCCGAGUGGCCAUCCACUAUAUCAACCCUCCAAACCCAGCCAAAGACAACUUCACCUUUAAGUGCCACAGGUCCAACGGAACCAACACAACCACUCCACAGGACAUCUACGCUGUGAACGCCAUCUCCUUCCAUCCUGUCCAUGGCACACUGGCUACUGUAGGCUCUGACGGGCGCUUCAGCUUCUGGGACAAAGACGCCCGCACCAAGCUGAAGACCUCAGAGCAGCUCGACCAGCCCAUCACCGCUUGCUGCUUCAACCACAACGGCAACAUCUUUGCGUAUGCUUCCAGUUACGACUGGUCAAAGGGCCACGAGUAUUACAACCCCCAGAAGAAGAACUACAUCUUCCUGAGGAACGCUGCCGAGGAGCUGAAGCCUCGGAACAAGAAAUGAUUCGUCGUGCCAAGUCGCAUCUCUUGUGGGGAAAUGCGGAAGACCUGCUGCAUUAGUGUGUGUAUACGCUCGAGACAGACUCCUUCCUUUCGGCAAACACCUGGACCAAUGCAGUGGUGCUGCGUACUGUGCAUGGACCAAUCAGAGGGGCCUACCCAACCUGGCAUUGAUGACAGCUGCGUGACAAUUGGUCUUAGAAGUCAUCAUGGAAGGGGAGGGCUUUAUUUGUCACUCACCUUGAUGUUGCAAUUUUUUUUAUGUGUCCAGCUACUCAUUUUUUCUUUACGUAUUUCCAAAGACUUUUCAUUCUCUCGUGACUUCCUCUUACUCCGUGGUUUAGCUCCAUUAAUGAAACUGGGAUGUAAAAUAAAUAAUUAAGUGCAUACUAUUAGAUUUCAACAUGUUUAUUCCAACCUGAGGAAGUAAGUAGGUUAAAUGAUAACCUAUUGUGUUUGUUAUAUAAAUGUUGCGGAUUCAAGGAGCUGUGUUGUGCAUGCAAAAACCACCAACAUGACCGCUAUCUCAUAUUUCAGCUGUAAAUCUCUUCAUAACUGGAAUCCACACAAAACUGACAUGAUAAACUUUGGACAACACCUGUGUCACGAUGACCCCUUCUCUCUGCUUGUUUUAAUGCAAGUUAGCCAGCAGGUGGAGCAUUUUGUCCUU